CACGGCGACGGACAAGCGACAUACGCACGCGCGCAGUUGUACAGUCCAGGCUCCGAAGCUCCGUUUGAUUCAACUUCAAAAGAGUAGAGCAUGUCGUUCUCUGGUUCCGAAGAUCUGAACGAAGAACUCAGUAAACUCGCGAGUUACGAGGGCGAACGGAACGAUGCAGGACAGCGGCACGGCGUCGGCAGGAGCGUCCUGCCCAACGGAGACAUGUACCAGGGCCGCUACGAGCACGGAGAGAGGCACGGGCAGGGGACGUAUCGCUUCAAGAACGGAGCAGUAUACGUAGGAGAAUAUUUCAAGAACUUGAAACACGGACAAGGCACCUUCUACUACCCAGAUGGCUCCAAAUAUGACGGCUUGUGGGUCAAUGACCUGAGACAAGGCCGAGGGGUGUAUACCUACAGCAACGGGGACACCUACGACGGAGAGUGGCUGAACCACUUCAGACACGGUCAGGGGAAAUACUGUUACAAAAACACCGGAUCAAAGUAUGUUGGCUCCUGGGUGAACGGCAAGAUGCAGUCAGCUGGAGAGUACAUCCAUGCUAACCACAGGUAUCAAGGCAACUUUUUCAAUAACAAGCCCAACGGAGCGGGAAAGUUUGUGUUUGACAUCGGCUGUGAGCAGCACGGAGAGUUCCAGGAAUCUCAGCAGAACUUUUCUGAUGAUGAGUGGGAUGAGACUGGCGCCCCCCGGUGGGUUCCCCAGUGAAUUACUGACCUGACAGCAUGGAUUCUUGAUUUUUUUUUUUUGUUUUAGAGGUGGUGAAGUGGAUUUAUCAGAAGAGGCAGAAACUCCAAAGUUAUAACCAAUUAAUAAAUGUUUAACAUAUUAUUCUA